AUGUCUCUCAAGCUCUUCCUCCUCGCCAUGAUGGCGCUCCUCUGCGGCCUCGUCCUCGCCGACGAGGCCCUCGACCUCCCCACCGGCCUCGGCCAUCCGGGUGUCCCCGUCUACGAGGAUAACCAGGUCAAGCCCUUCACCACCACCUACUCCACCACCUACACCGAGGUCUCCUUCAUCUUCACCGGCCUGCCCGACACCCUGACCGUCUACUCGACGGUCCCCGUCACCGUCACCGAGGUCGAGACCCGCACCUUCUGGCCCAAGGGCGUCGCCGGCCGCGCCGACCGCGACUACCAGGACGGCGUCUACGACUGCACCAUCCCCGGCUCCGUCGACGCGCCCGUCGCCACGCCGUCCCCGGAGCCGGUCGUGCUGCCCCCGCCGGGCUCGAGCCCGUCCACGACCACGCCCGCCGCUCUGCUGCCGCCCCACACCAGCUUCCAGGUGACCUCCCUGCCGACAACCACCGAGUCCACCACCGCCACCCAGCAGACCACGCGCACCGAGACCACCAACGUCGGCAACGGCUCCACGACCGUGAGCUUCGUCGCCUCGGGCACCCACCCGUCGUCGUCGUCGUCGUCGUCGUCGUCCUCGGAGGGCGUCCCGACUUCGAGCCCCGUCGGCACGGGUACCGAGCCGUCCGCCGGCACGGGUACCGAGACCAGCACCGGCUCGCAGACCCCGUCUGCCCCGCCCGCCAGCGGUGCUGACAAGGCUGGCGCCUCUGUGCUCGGCCUCGUUGGCGCUGGAGCUCUGGCCCUCGCCGUGGCGAUCUAG